CACGCUCAGCCUCCGUCGAAGUCGGAUCCUUGGUUCGUGAAGUCUUAAAGUUUUAAAGUGCGAAUCUUUAUUCGUUAAAAACAAGGAAUAAUAACAUCAAUCAUUAUUCUUAAAUUCUUCAAAAGAAUUCAUGAACUUUUAAUUUUAAUUAAAUCAUUUUAAUAUAAAUAAUUUGUGAAAAUUUAGUUCGUUAGUACGUAUAUCGUAUCGCAGUUUCGAUCCAACGAAUCGUACGAUCGAUUGUGAGACUUCAAUCCAGCCGAAAACUAAGCUUGUUACGAUCGAUAAAACAUAUAAUCGCAUAGCCGGGUCGUGGACCGUGGAAAUCGGAUUUUAAUCGUCUCAUUCGAAAAUAGAACGGAACUCUCGAUUCGGUGUUUGUGAUCGAUGUGCACCUGCAAGCAAUCGCAUCGGAUGCUGUAAGCGACUGUUGGCUAAUAUCUCAACUUCGACGUAAAACGUAUCGAGAGGGAACGAUAAGCAGAGGAGAAAAAUGCUUUCUACUCGAAGAUUAAUUGUUGCCAUGUUUGGAGUUUGCUUGCUAACUGCUCUUCUCGAGGUGAACGAAGCGAGACCACGUAUCAGGCAUCAGAAGGGCGGCAGUCAUUGCAGCAGAUGCGGUCCAGGAUGGGGUGUCGUGAACCGUUGCGUUCGUGGCCGUGACACCGAAUGUGGAAAAUGCGCGCCGGGCACGUACAGCCCUCACCACAGCAUCCAGCCUUGCUGGAUCUGUUCUAGAUGUGGGCCGGGUCUCUACGAGGCGCAUCCCUGCACCUCGAAAACGGACACCGUCUGCGAUUCUUGUCACAGGCCGGCCCCGGACAAUCCUGAUUACCAGAGAAAAUGCAAAGGGCGGACAAAUUUGUUCCUGGCUCCGGAAGAUGCGUUGGAAACUGGAGAAGAGAGCAUCUUGGUAAACGAUCCUGCUGGACAAGACCAGUUGGACGAUGGAAAGGAAUUGCUAGAGAAGGACGCUGAAGCGGCCAUUCUUAAUGAAGAAUUGAAUUCUUUGGAAAGGUUCUGAAUGUGAAAAGGUUCU